AUGAAGUUGUGGAAGUUGGUGAAGAGGCCAGUGAAAGUAGGUCCAGACUCGAUCAAAUGCAAAUUAAAAGACAUUGCCCACUCAGAUUUCCGAAGUUACAGCCCACCACCUUUUCUAUAUUCACAAGAAGACUUGAACAUUUUAAAUAAUUUAAAAAACGACAGAACUAUCCUCAUCACUAAACCUGACAAAGGUAAUGGCAUCGUAAUACUUAACAAAGACGACUACACAAAGAAAAUGGACACACUCUUAUCUGACACUACAAAGUUUCAACCUCUUAAUGGAGAUCCAGUCAAAGUCACUUUACAACGAGAAAAUCAAGUGAAGUCUUUAUUAAAAAAGUUGAAAGAUGCCAAUUCUAUCGGCCAAGAAACUUACAAAGAACUUUACCCUACUGGUUCACGAAUAGGUAUAUUGUAUUGCCUUCCUAAAAUACAUAAAUGUAACAUCCCUCUCAGACCAAUUCUUUCGUCCAUUAAUCACUAUUCGUAUAAACUAGCAAAGUUUUUCAUCCCACUCCUAAAACCCUUCACUAUAAGCGACCUCAUCAUCAAAGACUCUUUCUCGUUUGUUGAAGAAAUCCUAAAUUGCGAUAUCAACUCCAGUAACGUUGUCCUUGCUAGCUUUGAUGUCGUAUCCCUAUUUACUAACAUACCUGUUGACGAAACCAUCCACAUAAUAUCCAAAAGCAUUUUUAACAACCACCAGUACUUCAACGGACUCACUGCAACAGAAUUUGAAAAACUACUCUCUCUAGCUGUUAAGAACUGUCACUUUAUCUUUAACGGGAAAAUGUACCAGCAAAUUGAUGGUGUGGCUAUGGGCGGCAGUGCAUUGGGCCCUCUCGUUGCUGAUAUAUUCAUGUCCUUUCACGAAAAAUCCUGGCUUCAUAAAUGUCCUUCUUCAUUCAAACCACUACUUUACUGA